CACAACUUUUUGACGUUCGAAAUCGUUCUUAAAUCUCGAAUAAGCAAAAAGAGAGUUCGUUUCAUUCAACAUAAAAAAAUAAUUAUUGUUAAAAAGAAAAAAGAUUUGCAUUAAAAACAUAUUUCAACAUGUUGUCGAAUAUUCUUAAAGCAUCGUCUUGUCGUUUUCUUACACAAAGUUUGAUAGGCACGAGACAGUUUAACAAAUUUCUGAGCACAGAGCCUGCAAAAGUAGAAAAAAUAACAGUUCCAUUGGAAGAAGACAAAUUAUUCAGUAAACUUGAGAUUGAGUUGAGAGCCCACGAUCAAGCAGUGAUGAAAAGUUAUUCAGAGUUCACUACAAUGACAGCCAAUAAUUUAGGAAUCGAAAUUGGAAAUUGUUUUGCUCUCCGAAAACCAGAAAAAGCUCGUUUGACAUUGUUGCGAUCAGCUCAUGUUCACAAAAAACAUCGAGUACAAUAUGAAGUUCGAACAUAUUUUAGAUACAUGACUUUUCAUAAGUUGACGGGAUCCACACUUGAUACGUUUUUGGAGUAUAUUGAGAGAAAUUUGCCCGAAGGUGUUGCUUUAAAAGCGACAAAAACAGAAAUUAAGCGUUUGCCUGACUAUCUGAAUAUCAAAUAGAACAAUGGUUUCGAUAACAUUGAAUAAAAUCCAGACUUUAUAGAAUAAAACAUUAAAUUAUUACUACCUGCAAGAAGUAACAAAUGUAAAAAUAAAAAAUAAAAAAAAAGAUGAAAUGGCUUCACAAAUUCA